AUGCCGUCUCCCGUUCGUGUGAUGACAUGGCUGCUGCUAGUCCUGCAGGCGGCGAUGGUGUCGACACAAACAACUUCGUCGGACAACGAUUCAUACCCCACUGCGACAGGGAAAAGCAGUCGCACACAGAGCAUGACCAAAACAACUGCAACGACGACCUCCGCGUCGAAAACGACCUCUUCUACCACUGGCACUGCGACGCAUACCGUGAAAGUCGGCUCCAAGGAAGAUCCCCAUCAGUACUCGCCGCAUAACAUCACGGCGAAUGUCGGCGACGUGAUCAUCUUUGAGUUCUAUCCGCGCAACCACUCCGUCGUCAGGGCCGAUUAUCUGGCUCCUUGUGUGCCGGCUAGUAAGGAUGUAUUCUGGUCCGGGGAGUUUAAUAAAUUCAAUGAGAAUAAUGGGCAGUUGAUAGGACCUCCUCCGACUUGGUCUUUGGUUGUGAAUGACACUGCUCCAACGUUCUUCUACUGCACGGCGAUCGACUCAUGUAUCGGCAAUGGCAUGGUCGGCGUCAUCAACCCGAACUCGAGCAUGACCUGGGAGGCCCAAUACGAAAAAGCCAAAGACUAUCCGUACAUGCUUGUGCCCGGACAAUCGCCCCCCGCCGAAGGAGACCAACCCAACGGUACCUCCAGCCCAUCUCCCAGCUCGUCCAGCAACGGCGGUGGCGGUGGACUCAGCGGCGGCGCUAUUGCAGGUAUCGUCGUCGGCUGCGUCGCCUUCGUCGCCAUCCUCAUCGCCCUGUUCUUCGCUCUGGGCCGCAAUCGCAUAUACAAGAAGUGGAUGUCAUCGGAGGACGGACGCACCGAGCGAACGGCCCAAUGGGCCCUGUUCAACAGCCAUGGCGAGCGCAAGAGCGAGAUGACCGCCAGCGCGCCGGGGCAUCCGGGCGAUCAGGGAACGUUCGUCUCGAGUCCGGAUCCUACUCAACGCGCCUUCUCCCCGCCGCCGCAGCCGGCCAGCGGACACUGGAGCUGGGACUCGACCUCGUUCCAGCAGCAACAACAACACCAGCAACAGAUGGGUCAGAUGGGCCAGAUGGCCCCUACGUCGGGUUACCAGCGCGGCCCGACCGAGUUGGAAGCCCCAAUGCCGAUGACGCAGAUCCCAGAGAGCCACGAACAUCACGACGGGCGGUAA